AUGGAUGUAAACGUGAUUGCUGUUCAAAAUCCAAUAAAAAAGAAAAAAUGUCAUGGGAAUCUAAAAGAUCAACGUUUUCGAAGAAAGUGUCGUGCAAAAGGUAUGAAAUCAAGAAAAAUCGAAAAACUACUGUUUCAACGAAAGCUAAUUCAUCAUAAAAAGAAGAAUCCAGCUGAUAAUGCAAUGAAAAAUACAAUGAAAUUCAACAAUAAACCAGGACAUGAAAAUGUUACAUCGACUGAAAUAAAUUUAAUGAGAAAUCUUACGAAACGUAAAAGGGAUGUAUCAGUACAAGAUAUUAAAUCAAAUACAGAAAUAUCAAAAUCAACAAGUUCAAUAUCAGUCGUACAAACAAAAUUGAAAAAGAUGAAAAGAAGAAUUAACUUAAAUAUUGCAACGACGAUGACUAUCAAGAACAAUACUGCUUAUAAAUAUUAUCGACAACCAAUAUAUUUGAAACGUUCACCAAUGAUACUUAUUCAAAUGUUGACUAACAUAAUAAAUUAUAAUUUCAAGAAAAAAGAAGAACAAAUAUUUCUCUGCCAUCGACUUGAUCUAUUAGAUAAACAUUAUUAUUUACAAGUUCAUCAACAAUUAUGGCAAUCCUAUUCUGAUAUUGGGAUACAACAACAUCGUUGGCCAGAUCAAUUGUAUACAAUGACAAAAACAAAUGAUUUUCAGAUAUGUCGACAAUAUUUGGAUGAUCAUAUUAAUAUUAUCAAGAAAGAAAUAGAUACAUGUCAUAUUCAACUGAAUAAUCAAAAUCAAUCUUAUCUAUUAACAACAUUAUCUUUGGAUCAACUUGACCAUUAUCUAAAAGCAUUUGUUGAUUGUCAACGAAAAUAUUUAUCAAUGAGAAAUAAUAAACAAUUACAAAAAUUUAUAGAUAAUUUUCAUGAGAAACAAUUAUUUGAAACCAUCUCUGCAUACCAUCUUACCAUCGUAGAUCAAAAUCAAUAUAUCAACCGACUGAUGAAUAUACGAGAAAAACAGGCAACCAUCUACGAAGAACUUUUAAUGUUAGAAAUGCGAGUUUUAUACAAAUUUUUACCAAAAAAUUUCGAUCAACUAGAACGAUUUAUAGCACCGAUGAUUUAUUCACCAUUGAAUAAUGAUCAAAAGAUGAUUGAAGUUAGAAAUAAACGUUAUAAAACUAUUCAAGAAGCAAAACGUAUAUGGUUGAAUGUAUUUUUAAAAGUAUAUGAAGUUCAAUUACAAGAAUAUGAUCAACAAUAUGAAAAUGAAUUUUUACAAUUGCAAUCACAUCUACUCAACAAUACCAAUAAUAAUGGUUCAUCUGUUUACGAACAAAUACAACAACAUAUGAAUUGCCAAACAAAUAAAUUAAAACAGCAAGUUUCUAUGAAAAUACGAUCAUUACGAAGAAUCUUAAUAAAAAAUCGUCGACGUUCAUCAUCCGCUAAAAAUACUGCCGUUGUUUGGCCUGAGCCAUAUCUCGAUCUACUUACCAAUGUAUUUAAUCGAUACGAAUGGAAAUAUCUUUCAUUUGGUCCAUAUUGUAUACGAACAAAUCAAAGUGCUAUUCGUCCUCGGCAUCAACAAGAAAUUGCAAUUCAAAAAGAUCAUAAAUGUAUUUAUGACAAAGUUCGAAGUCAUAUAAAUGAGCAUUAUUUUGUUCCAAUGACAGCAACCAUUCUUAAACAAUAUUCAAAUCAACUACUUCAUGAUUUAAAUCUUUCUUAUUUUUCACCAUUAUCUUAUCAUGAUCAAACCUUAGCAUUAAAACAAGCAAAAAAAGUAGUUUCGAUUCAACGUAAAAUUAUAAAACAUCGUCUAAUUCUUCGUGUCACUGAUAAGGGUUACAAUUUUUAUAUUGAAAAUCCAUUUAAUAAGAUUCAAGAUAAUGUUAUUCAUUUACUCAAUCAAAUUCGUGCGAAAAAAUUCAUUCUUCAAUGGCAAUGCAAUAAAAUGAUGCCUAAUCGAAUAAAAUGUCAAUUAGCUCAUUUAUAUUUUAAUCCUAAAACUCAUAAGGAUGGUAUACCAGUUCGACCGAUUGAAAAUACUAUUCAUGCUCCAACAACAAAUAUAUCAAAUUAUUUAGAUGAAAUUAUUCGACCUAUAUUUGAUAAGGAAUGUCAAAAUACAACUAUUAUUGAUGGUACUUCAUUAAUUCAAGCACUCCAUCAAUAUAUGAGAAAAGGUCUUUUUAAAUCAACGACAUUAUUUUGUACAUUUGAUAUUCGUAAUUUAUAUACUAUGUUACCACAAGAAGAAGCAUUAAAUAUUCUCGUUGGAUUUCUUCAAGUUCAUGGUUAUACUAAAGUCAAAGGAAUUCCUUUAGAAACAAUAAGAUUAUUAGCUUCAAUUGUAUUGAAAGAAAAUGUAUUUGUCUACGAUAAAAAAAUUUAUCAACAAGUGCUUGGUGGUGCAAUGGGCUCAUCAUUUACAUUGACAUUAGCAAAUAUAUUCAUGUGGAAAUGGCAAAGAGAACUUGUCCGUCGACAAGAUAUGGCAGGCGAAUAUUAUGGACGGUAUAUUGAUGAUGUUUUUAUGACAUGGAAUAAAUCGGAAAAUGAAUUAAAGAAAGUAUUAGACAAUGCAAAUACUUGGCAUCCAAAUAUUAAAUUAGAAUAUAAAAUCGGUAGAAGCCUUCCAUUUCUUGAUGUUCUCCUUACAAAUAUGAAUGGCACUCUAUCAACAGCUGUGUAUCAUAAACCAGCAGCAGAACCCUAUGUUGUACCAUUUAUUUAUGAUCAUCCUCGACAUGUAUUCGAAAACAUUGUACAAACAAGUCUUCGACGUGCAAUUAAAUAUUCAUCAACUUUUCAAACAUUCAAUGAUGAGAGAAGAUAUAUCAAAUCAACAUUUUUGUACAAUGGGUAA